AUGGCGUCCGAGGCGGCGGCGGCGGCGGCUGGGGCCGAGGUGGCGGCGGGGGCCGGGGCAGGGCCCGGGCCGGAACCCGAGGUCAAGCCCAAGCCCAGGCCCAGGCCUCUGCUGGAGGUGGCGUCCCGCGCGCGGUUCGAGGAGCUGCUGCACCUCCAGGCCAGGUCCCUCAUUGUCAUCCAUUUCUGGGCACCAUGGGCUCCUCAGUGUACACAGAUGAAUGGUGUCAUGGAGGAAUUAGCCAAGGAAUACCCCCAAGUGGCAUUUGUGAAGUUGGAAGCAGAAGCUGUUCCUGAAGUGUCUGAGAAAUAUGAAAUUAGUUCUGUCCCGACCUUUCUGUUCUUUAAGAACACGCAGAGAGUGGAUCGGUUAGAUGGUGCCCACGCCCCUGAGCUGACCAGGAAGGUGGAGUGCCACAUCUCCAGCAGCGUUCUUCCCCGGGCCGAAUUCGUGAAGGAAGACCUGGACCGUCGGCUGAAGAAGCUGACGAACGCCGCUCCGUGCAUGCUCUUCAUGAAAGGGUCGCCACAAGAACCCCGCUGUGGCUUCAGCAAGCAGAUGGUGGAAAUUCUUAACAAGCAUAAUAUUCAGUUUAGCAGUUUUGAUAUCUUUUCGGAUGAAGAUGUGCGUCAAGGACUCAAAAUAUACUCCAGUUGGCCCACUUAUCCUCAGCUCUAUGUGUCUGGAGAGCUGAUAGGAGGCCUCGAUAUUGUCAAGGAACUGGCAGCAUCUAACGAGCUUGACAAAAUUUGCCCCAAAGCCCCCAAAUUAGAAGAAAGGCUCAAAGUACUGACAAAUAAAGCUUCUGUGAUGCUGUUUAUGAAAGGAAGCAAACAGAUGGCAAAAUGUGGAUUCAGCAGACAAAUUCUAGAAAUUCUUAAUGAAACUGGUAUUGAUUUUGAGACGUUUGAUAUCUUGGAGGACGAAGAAGUGCGGCAAGGACUAAAAGCUUACUCCAACUGGCCAACGUACCCCCAGUUGUACGUGAAGGGCGAGCUGGUUGGAGGCUUGGAUAUAGUUAAGGAACUGAAGGAAAAUGGCGAAUUGUUGCCUGUCCUGAAAGGAGAAACUUAAGGAUCCGCAGGGCUGCAGAUUGCUGCCCAAAGCAUUUCCUGAGCACGGAACGAUUCAUGAGUCAGUCCUGGGGAGUGGGGGAGGAGCCUAGGGCCUCCUCACCUGUUCAUCACCUGCGUCUGGCCUUCCUGCCCACGCUCGUGCUCCAUGUACACGGUCACAUUUGCCCCCCCCAACAUCUCAAAAUUCAAUUAAAAAGAAUGAAUUAAA